UUGAAAAGUAAAUCAUUAUCCUUUUGUUUUCACAUAUUUUUGGUAUAUUAACUUGUGAAAAUUAUGCUUGUGUAAUGCUAGAAAACAUUUCGUUGUGUGUAAUUAAAAUCGAGACCGAUUUGGACCCAAACAAAGAGGAGGAGGGCGCCGUAUCUGCCGAGCAUCCCACCAACCCUCGCGUUCAAAAGGAGCGCGAACGCGAUAGAGGACGCCGCAUCCCGUACGAUAUAACUAUCGAGACCUACACAAAUCAACGUUGGAAUCAGGAUUUGGCGGCCUCAUCGGACGGUACGAAAAUGAAUUGGGCCGCAGUUCUCCAGCAGGCAAACAGUCCCUCGGCUGGGAGCUCUCGAGAGACCACCCCACGCAGCGGCGAUGAGUCACAGUCGCCCCCACAGACAGCCACCUCGAAGUUUCCACAAGAAAUCUGUUACUUCUCGGGCAAUGCCACUGUGGAGGUUACAAGAGGCAUUAUUCAUUUGUACAAAAAGAACGAACGUAAAGCUAUAAAGGAGGCGCCCUCUAAUCAGCUUUGCCUACUGGCCGUUCCAGCUACCUUAAGCUGCAAUGAAUUGUUGGCGUUUAUAUCACCUUGCCAUUCAGAGAUCAAACAUGUGCGUAUUGUGCGUGACGGCAGUCCAAACCAAUUCAUGGUGCUGUUGGAAUUUCGUACCAAUGAAUCGGCCCUAGAGUUCUACAAUUCCUUUAAUGGCGCUGCUUAUAACACGUUGGAGCCCGAUUCUAUCUGCCAUGCCGUCUGGGUGUCCUCUGUGGAGCGUGGUGAGAAUGGAUUGCCACCGAUGGGACACACAGAGCUGCCCACUUGUCCAGUGUGCCUGGAGCGGAUGGAUGAGAGCGUGGAUGGCGUCUUGACCAUACUUUGCAAUCACGCUUUCCAUGCCAGUUGCCUGGUGAAGUGGGGCGACUCCACGUGCCCCGUUUGCCGUCACGUGCAAACGCCAGAGCUAAUCGAGGACUCCGUUUGCAUGGAAUGCGAAGGUACAGACUCACUUUGGAUUUGUCUAGUCUGCGGCCAUGUGGGCUGUGGUCGUUACCAGGGCGGCCAUGCUGCGGCGCACUAUCGCGCAACCAAUCACAACUUUGCCAUGCAGCUGGGCACCUCCAGCGUUUGGGACUAUGCUGGCGAUAAUUUCGUGCAUCGUUUAUUUCAAAACAAAACCGAUGGCAAACUGGUUGCCUCACAGAACGAAAAAGAUGAUAACGAGGAGAAAAUCGACUCCAUGCAAAUGGAAUUUACUUACCUGCUAACGUCCCAGCUAGAUACACAACGCAAAUAUUAUGAGGAGCGCAUGGCACGUUUGGAACAAGAGUGGCAAUGCCUAAAAGCCGAUGCCAAUGAAAGCAAAAGUGAAGUCUCCGAAAUGCAGCAACUACAGCAGGCGAUUCAAAAAGAAAAGCAAAAUUUGGAGCGCAAGUUGGCGCAUCACUCAACCAAACUCAAGGAGGUGAUGAAGCAGCUAACGGAAGAACGAGAAUUAUCUAAGGCGCUGCAAGACAAUCAGAGCUCCUGGCACACCAAGUACAAAGCACUGGAGCAGCAGUUCAAUGAGCUUAAGCAUCUACACGAUAAGGAAGUUCUCGAACUCAAGGAGCAAUUACGUGACGUCAUGUUCUUCUUGGACACUCAAGAAAAGAUGGCCAACUCUGAGCUAGCAGGUGCCUCGAUCACAGGCGUUGGUGAAAAGGAGCCGAUGGCUGGCAGCAGCGCCAAUGCUCGUCGUGCCAAUCGUCGCAAAAAAAAGGAGUAGGCUGCGCUUAUUUUUUUUCAUUUUAGCAUUAAACCGCGCGAUUAAAUCGAUAAAGGCCCCGAACAAUAAAAUACGCCACAAGCGAGUCGCCUUUUCUUUUUGGCUCAAUCAGAUGAAGCUAUACAUAUAUCAUUAAAAAACAACAACAAAAAUAAUAAUUACUGUCGUUGAUAAUGUGAUUUACCUAUGAAUGUGUGAUUUUCUUUAAAAAGCUAAAUAUAUCUAUUAAUCUGUAA